AUGGUUUUAUGCAAGUUCUUUCAAGAAGGACGCUGUAAUCGCGGCAACUCGUGUAAUUUCGAGCACGUUAAUCCACGUAGCCAGUCAGACAAGUACAAUGAAAGCUCUAUACGAUUAAGUCUUCAAGAUGAGCGACCUAUUUGGCGUCUCAGCGUAUUCGGUCCAGCCAAGGAAGAGCCAAACCUCAUUGUUGGUACAGAUCUCUCCUGUGAAGAAGAUCGUAUGCUGUACCACAUGAGUAUGAGAGCAACAGGCAACGCUACUCAAUAUAUACAAAAUCAUGAAAAAGCACAGCAACAAAUGGAUCAACAAGUGAAUGCAAUCCUUCAAAAUUCCACUGCAGCCAUACAACAUUAUGAAAAGCAAAAGUCAAGUAAUACAACAGCGUUUGGCGGUGGCCCUAUGAGUGGAAAGCAAUUUGAGCCAUUCCACGGAGGGGGAGGAGGGGGAGGAGCCUUUGGUGUCUCAUCUUCUUCUGGUUUCGGAAGUGGUGCCUUUGGUCAAAAGCCUGGAGGAGGAUUUGGAUCCGGAGGAUUUGGAUCAACAUCAGCACCUGCAUUUGGUGGUCAACCAGCAUUUGGGUCUACAUCAACUAUAGGCACUGGUGCUCCUGCUUUUGGAUCUACAUCAUCACUCGGUUCUGGUGGCGCAGCUCCUGCUUUUGGGUCAACAUCAGCUCUUGGUUCCAGUGGUGCUGCUCCUGCUUUUGGGUCAACAUCAGCUCUUGGUUCCAGUGGUGCCGCUCCAGCAUUCGGAUCAACAUCAGCUCUUGGUAGUGGUGCUCCUGCUUUUGGGUCAACAUCAGCUCUUGGUUCCAGUGGUACAGCUCCAGCAUUUGGGUCAACAUCUGCACUUGGUUCUAGUGGCGCAACUCCUGCUUUUGGAUCAACAUCUACUCUAGGUUCUAGUGGUACAGCUCCAGCAUUUGGAUCAACAUCUGCACUUGGUUCCAGUGGUGCAGCUCCAUCAUUUGGUUCGACGUCGACACUAGGGAUAAAUAACAAUAAUAGUGUUCCUGGCUUUGGUUCCACAUCUACCCUUGGUAACAAUAGCAGUAGUUUUGCCCAACAACAAUCCUCAUUACCCGACAAUGAUCCUGCAGCGAUAGCCUUCAAGCAAGAUCGCUUUGUAUAUAAACAAAUCCCAGAAAUUGAACCACCCAUGGGCUUACGGUAG